UUUAAAGCAAGCUGAAGCCUGGUCACACUGUGCGCCGUCCAGCGCAUUUUCUAGAUUUCCUUAUUUAUUGAUAUAAUUUUCCGUUCCGCGGCAAUUAUCGCGAUGCAACUGCAGCAAGUAUGUGGUAAUGAGACUGUUUACCACUAAGUGUGAAGUGAGCAGAGUGCCAGGAAUAGCUGCGGGCAGAUCGAAUCGAAUUGGAUCCGAAUAGCGAUGGAUGUGGUGUGUGUAAUCGAUACCGCCGUGGGCGAUCAUCUGGAGGACCGCAUCUGUGCGCUGGAGGAGAUCAAGCAGGCGGUUCAGGCAGCGGGAGCCAAUUUUCAGCGGGUCCAGUUCGAGCGCCUCGACUUUGGGGAGACGAAUGUGCUGGAGACGUUUUACAACGCCGAUGUGGCCGUCAUCGAUCUGAGCAUCCUCACGCAGCAGCGACCGCUGUCCUAUCACUAUGGUGUGCGGGAGAGCUUCGGGAUGAAGGAGAACAUCUUAAUCUACAACGACGUGGAGUCCAAGCAGACACUCAGUCUCAAGCUCUCCUGUGCCAACUACUUUUUUCUCAGCUACAAAUUGAAUGCGGAGAGCAAUUCCUGCCAUCUGACCAACCUUUUCAACAACAACAAGGAGCCCUCGGCCGAGGGUCGAGUGCCCACAUUGCAGUGGCGUCUCAAGCGAAAACUGCAAGAUGUGGAGAUCCAAUCGAAAGCACACAUGCGUGAGAAAUUUCUCAGCGACAUGCGAACGGCGAGGGAUACGUAUGCCACCAACGGCGCCAAGCUGCAGAGCAUCCUCCACGAAAUGCGAAAGCGAUUGGAUGAUCCGCAUGUCCUUUCCGGUGAGGUGGUGCAUAGCUUUAUGUGCUCGCUGAGGGAUGUCCAAGACUACGACGCCAUGGUGCGACUGGUCAACGACCUGAAGAAUAUCCCAAACACCCGCAAAUAUGUGGAGACAGGCAACAUGAGUUUCUUGUACGCCUUUGCCCUGAACCGGAGAAAUCGGAAGGGUGACAGGGAAAAGGCCCUUGAAUCCUCGCUUAAGGCUCUGGAGAAGAAAGAGAACCAUUUUCCGGAUAUGCUCUGCCUUUGUGGGCGCAUCUACAAGGACAUCUUCGUCGAGUCCGACUACACAGACGCCACUAGUCUGGCCCAGGCCAUCAAGUGGUACCGCCAAAGCUUCGAGGUGCAACCGAAUGAGUAUGCGGGCAUUAAUCUGGCCACGCUGCUGGUGAUCGAGGGCAAGGAGUUCAGUGACACGGAGGAGCUGCAGCACAUUGGCAUGACCCUGAACAAUCUGAUCGGCAAGAAGGGCUUAUCCUCGCUGAGCGAGUAUUGGGACGUGGCCACCUUCUUUGAGAUCUCUGUCUUGGCUAAGGAUUAUGCCAAGGCGAUUCAGGCGGCCGAGUGCAUGUUCAAGUUGAAGCCGCCCAACUGGUACCUGAAGUCCACCAUUGGAAACAUAUCACUCAUUCACCGGUUCCGCAAGCAGCCCGAGGAACGUCUGCCCGCCAUUGAGGAGCAGGUCUUUCAGUUCUGGAUGGACUUCUUCCUAGAGGCUACGAACACGGAAGAAGUGAAAAACAGUAUUCGGUUCCCCAUACUGAUUCUUGAGCCACAGAAGAUCUACAUGCCCAGUUACGUAACGAUAAACAUGGAUGCGGAUGAGAAAUCCAUACAGAUCGUAAACAUCUGCUUGGCCCACACAAAGAACGCAUGUAAGAGGCUGCAUGACUUCCUGUUCGUGGCCUCCAAGAUCAAAUCCGUGAGUCUGUACAAACGGGAUGAUCGCUGCGCCUAUCUGUAUGUGCAUCACAACUCGGACGACUUUCAAAUAUACUUUCCCUCCACCGAGUGUCGGCAAAAGUUCUACGACCUGAUACUGGAGAUGACCGCCGAUCAGGUGGUAUUUGUCAAUCUCAGCAACGAUGAGGCGCAAAUCGAGUACGAGUACGACUAUGACGAUCAGAACCGAAAGAUGGUGCUGGGUAAGGGAACGUAUGGAACCGUGUAUGCUGCCCGCGACAGGCAGACGCAGGUGCGAAUUGCCAUAAAGGAAGUCCCGGAGAAGAACUCCCAAGACGUACAGCCCCUGCACGAAGAGAUCAAGCUGCACUCGCAGUUGCGGCACCGAAACAUCGUUCGGUACUUGGGCUCGCGAUCAGAGGACGGCUUCUUCAAGAUCUUCAUGGAGCAGGUGCCGGGAGGCUCGCUGUCCGACCUGCUGGAGACCAAGUGGGGUCCGCUCAAGGACAACGAGUCCACCAUGGCCUUCUACUCCAAGCAGAUCCUAGAGGGCCUGAAGUAUCUGCACGAGCAGGACAUCGUACAUCGCGACAUCAAGGGCGAUAACGUGCUGGUUAACACAUACAGCGGCGUGGUCAAGAUCUCCGACUUUGGCACCUCCAAGCGGCUGGCCCGCAUUAAUCCCAUGACAGAAACGUUCACAGGUACUUUGCAAUACAUGGCACCGGAGGUAAUCGAUCAGGGUGUGCGUGGGUAUGGUCCUGCGGCCGAUAUUUGGUCUUUUGGUUGCACCAAUGUGGAGAUGGCCACCGGAAAGCCGCCGUUCAUUGAGUUGGGCUGUGCCCAGGCGGCCAUGUUCAAGGUGGGCUACUACAAGAAGCACCCCAACAUACCCGAGGAGCUGUCACCCAACGCCAAGAACUUUAUCCUUCGCUGUUUCGCCAUCAGUGUGCUAGACCGUCCCUCCGCCUCGCAGUUACUGGACGAUCCCUUUCUUGCCGAUAAACAACGCAAGUUGCGCCCGGUUCUUCCUAUCAACACGGAGUUUGGACGCAGCAUUUCUGUGCCCGCCGAUCGUUUGGUCCACAAAACAACACCGCCGCUGAGUUACAACACCACUUGCAACACGCCAACUACGCCAGAAUUGGACAUUACUCACACUUCUUCAGUGGACAUUGACGAGCUGCCCAGCAACCAGUUCCUUCUGGAGAGACGCAACUCUUCUGGCUUUCUGCUCUCGCCCGAGAUCGAACCAACAACGCCGUCCCUGCGAACGAGCAUCAGUGAAACGAGUGAGACUGACGGCUUCUAUAGGCUGAAGAAGGAUUCACAGCGCAGGACAACUUUGUCCAAGGUGCUGGCUCUCGAUGAAUCCAAGAUCUGCGACAUUUGGCUUAAGAAGGUGGAAGCCGAUCAGAAUGCAAUUGCUAUUCGGAAAAGUGACCUCGAGGUGCUAAUCCGUGGCCUGCGGGACUACAUCAUGAACGAGAACGAGAAGCACUUGGAGGCAACCAUCAACGAACUGAAGCAAAAAUUGAAUAACGACGCUGUUGCCUUGGACCAUCUUCAUCUGGCGCUGUACUCCUUUCAGGACGCGGUGGUCUGCGUGCUGCGAUUACACUGCAUCAAACCUCACUGGAUGUUUGCCCUCGAUAAUCUUGUGAAAAGGGCCGUCCAGGCAGCGGUUACUAUUUUCUCUCCUGAAUUGGGCGCCAAUCUGGCGGAUAAGGAUCUGUCUGGCAACGAUGACGAGAGCGUGCACACCAGCUUGAUGCAGCAAGGCUCCACAGACAGCCAGGAAAAGCAACAUCAGAGCCUGGAUAAGGUGCUAGCCACGAGUAGCACAGGCGGAGGCGUCGGAUUGAUGCCAGCAGAGUCCGGGGGCGACGCCCUAAAUACCUCGGUGGAGUGUGUCCGCAUUUUAAGGGACAUACGGGAUCAUCAACAAAAAUUGCAACGUCAAUUGAUUGAGCAGCAGCGCCAGAGCAUGAGGGCCCUGCACAACAUUAGCCAAGAGUUGGCACACAUAUACAUGGGGGGAAGGAAAAGAUUAAGGCGUACUAUCAAUGGAUUUAAUAAGAAGUGCCAUAGAAUGAGUCCCAGUGUGGGCGGAAUCUCCGGUGUCCGUCCCUCUUCAGCGGGCAAUCCACGGAGGCAGCAGCUAAACAAGCAACACUUUGGUCUCCACGAGGUAGACGAGCAGUUGGAGCAGUGGCUGACCCAGCAGGACAUAGAUGAGUUUUCAAAGACGCUCAUAUUAAAUGAGGGUUUCACGUUUGAGGAUUUCAUCUACAACAUGGAGAAGCUGGACCUCAUGAGGCUGGGACUGCGCGUUGGCAUCGAAGUGCGUUUGUGGAAACUCAUCAUACAGGAACGAGCCUGCACCUCAUCCGAUUGCGUGGACAGUCCAGCCAGCACUUACCACAAGCCCAUUGGCGGCCAUUGUUCCUUGGCACUGAUCGACAAUAACAAUACGUUACCAUCACCCACAACGACAACACCUGGAACGCCAGGCAUCAAAACGAAAAUCAAAAAGAGUGAAAGCGAAUACGAUUCCUGCAGCGAGUGACCAUCUAGAUGUCCCGAUGGAUAGUUGUGCCUUAACAGAUACUAUUGAUGCGGAUUAAUUGUUGUAAUUAAUGUUGUCCAUAUGCUACUAACAGCUGUGAAGCUCAGUGAGAUUCCCAGCCACCUUGAUGUGGAACUCUUGGGUUAGGCAGACUUGCGGCUGAUUCAACUCGGAGUUGGGCAAGCCAUAGGUCCGCUUGCCAAGCGUUUUGCCAUUGCAUGUUAAUUUAUCAAACAAAAUGGAAUUUAAGUGCCUUUAAUUUAAAAAAAAAAGAAACAAAAACUGAAACGGAAAAUACAUUGUGA